ACCGCCGGACUGUUCUAUGAUCCAAAUCCAGCAGCUCUCUCCUUUACUGCGCCAUCGCCAUCAUAGCUCGGUAGUAAGAAGAAAGCUAACCCGCAGCUCAGAGCUUGUGUUCAUAAAGGACGACCUAAAGUAACAUAUUUCACCGAUUUUACCGAAAGCAAGACAUUUUACCCGUAAAGGUCGUGUAAAUAUCGUGAGGGGCGAAGGUCGAGACACCAGCCCAAACUGACCCCAGCCCACAGUGUCAAACCUCAGACGACAGCCCUGCACACAGACGCUAUGGAUCGUUCACCCACCACCGCCGCCAGCCUCUUGGCCAGCAGCAACGUCACCAACAAGACCGACCAGCGCUCCCUCAACUCACGGGUCUUCAUCGGAAACCUCAACACCCUGCUGGUCACCAAGGCCGACGUGGAGGCCAUCUUCUCCAAAUACGGGAAGGUCGUAGGCUGCUCUGUCCACAAGGGAUACGCCUUCGUCCAGUUCGUCAACGAGAGGACUGCUCGAUCUGCCGUCGACGGGGAGGACGGCAGGAUGAUUGUUGGGCAAGUACUUGACAUCAACCUGGCCGGAGAACCCAAACCACACAGGUCAAAAACCACCAAACGCUCAGCUGGAGACAUGUACAGCAGUUCCUCGUUUGAACUCGACUACGACUUCCAGAGGGAUUAUUACGACAGAAUGUACUCGUAUCCAUCCCGCGUCCCCGCUCCCCCGCCCCCCUUGUCGCGAGCCGUGAUCCCGUCCAAGCGCCCGCGGGUCAGCCUGAGCGGCGGAAGCAGCCGGCGAACCAAGAGCAGCUUCUCCUCCUCCAAGAGCAGCCAGAGGACUUCCUCGUCCAAAACAAUCCCACCUGGACGUCUUUCUCCCGCCGUUUUCUCUGCAGUGAAAGUUGACGAGCUGCAGACCAUCAAGCGGGAGUUAACUCAAAUCAAAAGCAAAGUGGACAACCUGCUGGACAGUCUGGACUGCAUGGAGAAGGACCACGGCAAGAAGUCUGCAGCUAAGAGUUUAAAAACGGAGCCAGGCGAGGUGACGUCACCGCCGCACCCAAGCAACAAGAAGGACGACGGGCUAAAGAGAGAGCGAGAGAUCCAGGAGAUGAACGACUCAGACGAGGAGGAUGACGAGGAAGAGGAGGAGGAGGGAGACCUGCUGGAGGAGGAUGAGGUGAAGAGUCAAGAGAGGGAGGACGAAGACGAUGACGAGGAGGAGGAAGGAGAGCACGUGGAAGGUGACGAUGAUGCCGACAGUAUCAACGGUGAAGAGGACUCGUAGGCACGGACCGCACCGACGCAUGCAGCGUACACACAGCUUCCAGUAGGAACUCGGACUCCUGUUUUAACACGUGUUGUAGAUACGAAAAGCAAACGGGUGCACACACACACACACACACACACUCUCACACACACACACACGAGCAUGGUGCACACACUCUGUUGUCCCUUAAGUCGACUUUUGUUUUUGUUUAUUUUGUCCAGUGUUGCUGUAACAGGAAUAACUAGCUGUCAGAUUCAGUUUGUGUGUUUACUGCGUCGGUACUUGAAGAAGGAAACACGGACUGAUGUUCUCAGAGACGACAGCUCGACGGACAUGUCUUAAUGCGAGGACAACAAUUCAGCUACGAAAGAUUGUUUUUAAGUUCAAUGUGUUUGGUUUCCUCAUCGGCGAGUUUGUUCCACCUUGCGUGUCUGUAUGUUAAUGUCAGUUUUUUAUACUAUUCAGUUUCAGUUUAACUGUAAAGGAAUAAAUUGCAAUAAAAUAUUAAAAUGGAAA